GGCUCUUCUCGCUCGCCCUCCAUCCCUGCUCUUGCACUGGUUUGCAUCUCCCAGCAGAAGGCGCAGCCAUGAAUCCGUUAUUCGGCCCCAACCUCUUCCUCCUACAGCAGGAGCAGCAGGGCCUGGCCGGGCCGCUGGGGGACUCACUGGGAGGCGACCACUUCGCCGGGGGAGGAGACUUACCCCCGGCGCCUCUCUCGCCGGCCGGCCCUGCUGCCUACUCGCCCCCCGGGCCGGGCCCGGCCCCGCCUGCCGCCAUGGCCCUCCGCAAUGACCUGGGCUCCAACAUCAACGUGCUCAAGACCCUGAACCUCCGGUUCCGCUGCUUCCUGGCCAAGGUGCAUGAGCUGGAGCGCCGGAACCGGCUGUUGGAGAAGCAGCUGCAGCAAGCGCUGGAGGAGGGUAAGCAGGGCCGGCGGGGCCUGGGUCGUCGCGACCAGGCCGUGCAGACCGGCUUCGUCAGCCCCAUCCGGCCCCUGGGGCUGCCGCUGGGCGCCCGGCCGGCCGCUGUCUGCAGCCCGUCGGCGCGGGUGCUGGGCUCGCCCGCGCGCUCUCCGGCCGGCCCCCUCGCGCCCUCCGCGGCCAGCCUCUCGUCGUCUUCCACCUCCACCUCCACCGCCUACUCCUCGUCUGCCCGCUUCAUGCCCGGCACCAUCUGGUCGUUCUCGCACGCCCGCCGGCUCGGGCCGGGACUGGAGCCCACUCUGGUGCAAGGGCCUGGCUUGUCGUGGGUGCACCCGGAUGGGGUGGGCGUCCAAAUCGACACCAUCACGCCCGAGAUCCGCGCGCUCUACAACGUGCUGGCCAAAGUGAAGCGGGAGCGGGACGAGUACAAGCGGAGGUGGGAAGAGGAGUACACGGUGCGGAUCCAGCUGCAAGACCGUGUAAAUGAGCUCCAGGAGGAAGCCCAGGAGGCUGAUGCCUGCCAGGAGGAGCUGGCACUGAAGGUGGAACAGUUGAAGGCUGAGCUGGUGGUCUUCAAGGGGCUCAUGAGUAACAACCUGUCGGAGCUGGACACCAAGAUCCAGGAGAAAGCCAUGAAGGUGGAUAUGGACAUCUGCCGCCGCAUCGACAUCACUGCCAAGCUCUGCGAUGUGGCUCAGCAGCGCAACUGCGAGGACAUGAUCCAGAUGUUCCAGAAGAAGCUGGUCCCAUCCAUGGGGGGGCGGAAGCGGGAGCGCAAGGCUGCCGUCGAGGAGGACACCUCCCUGUCGGAGAGUGAGGGGCCCCGCCAGCCCGAUGGGGAUGAGGAGGAGAGCACAGCCCUCAGCAUCAACGAGGAGAUGCAGCGCAUGCUCAACCAGCUGAGGGAGUAUGAUUUUGAGGACGACUGUGACAGCCUGACUUGGGAGGAGACUGAGGAGACCCUGCUGCUUUGGGAGGAUUUCUCAGGCUAUGCCAUGGCAGCUGCAGAGGCCCAGGGAGAGCAGCAGGAAGAUAGCCUGGAGAAGGUGAUUAAAGAUACGGAGUCCCUGUUCAAAACCCGGGAGAAGGAGUAUCAGGAGACCAUUGACCAGAUAGAGGAGGUGGAGCUCGGGCCGUAUGCCAGUGAUGGGGAGCGGCUGCAAAUACAGAUGAACCUUCACUCACUUGCCCACUGCUCACCUCCUGCUGUUUGGCCUGGUUCCUAACAGGCCACAGACAGGUACUGGUCCGUGGCCUCGGGUUUGGGGACUUCUGCAUUAGGGGAACUGUUAGGAGGACUUGCUGACCUCAGGAGUACCCAAGGUGCCUUUAUCUUUGUGACCUUUGAUCUCUCAGGGUCACUAAGAUGGAGCAAGGACCAGUUCCUCUGGCAAAGCCAAGGUCCGGAGUGGUGGGCGGGAGGCAGUUCUUCCCCACUGCUCCUCACCUCUCUCCAUCUCCUCCCCUCUCACCCCCAAGUCUGGUCACACAGCGAGCCUGCAGUUUUCAAGGUAGCUUGUCAAGGACAUCUCCUGACUUGCACGUUCACCUCCUGACCUUGUUCCUGCUGUAAAUUUGUGAAUUAAGUGGGGACAUAGACAUAUGCAGAGACUACUGGUGGCAGUACUAGCCUUGUAUAUCAGUAGAAUAUAUUUGGUUCAUUUCCUUCUUCCCAGUCUCCCUGAGUGAUGGUUCCAGAACCCAGCCCCCUGCACUCCAGCUUUUCCAAGGUGGAGAAAUUGGCGUGUAGGCAGCUGAUCUGAACAAGGACUGGUGGCUCUGUAUUUUCUCCCUGGGUUGAACAGUCACCGGUGUCCUGUUCCUCCCACUACUGUGGGGCUCCAGCUGUGGAGCCAAGGCUACCACUGAAGCUGUCCCCAGUGGGGCUUCUCACCCAGCCAGCCACCAUCUCACCCCGAUGUCACUGUCCUGAUCAUCUCUGUUGUCUGGCCCUGGAACCUGUUUCCAUCUUUCUCUAAGUUCCCACCCUCUCUGUCCAAUCCAGAUUAUCACAGCUGGUAUCUUCCCCAUUCUCUUCACUCAGGCAGUCACGAACGUCAUCUCCAGGCAGUUUCAUUUUGCCUCCCCUUGUGGCCCCUGCCCUUUGUACCCAAAACAAAGAGAGGCAGUCGGCUGUCCCUGGCACAGAGUUUGUGCUGCCUGGGCCGUGCCUCUCUGCCUGCCUCAGAGUCUGGGCUGAAGAAUGGGCCCUGGGAGGGAGACUGGAUUUCUUUGAUUCUGAGCCCCAUGUUUUCCACGUGUGACAUUUCUGAAGUCAGGACAUGUCUCAGAAUCAAUGGCACCUCCAAUAUGGGAGUCUUCCUUGUAGUGUCUCAGAAUGGCUUUUAGGUGAGAAAAUAAAGUGAUAAGGAGAAAAUGGUAAGAGGAUUGGGCCCCUUUCAGCAGUGAGCCAGGCUUCUUGUAUGCCGCGGUCUCGUGGGCACGUCACGGAGUGAGUUAAUUCCCUUCGAGCUCUGGGUCUGCCAGGAUGAGGAAGACCCGUUGCUAACCCUUACAAGAGCUCACAGUGCAGGGGAUGAGGGAUGAGCCAGGCCCGGUGGGAACCCGUGUGGCCCUGGGAGCUUGUGGAUCUGCUCCAUUCCGCCCACACCGACUUUCCUCACCACUCUUACCAGUCUUAAAAGAACACAGCCUGCCGCAGUACCUUUGCAUUCCUCCAUAGGCAAAGAUUUCCAGGAAAACCAGAGGAAAUGAUAGCAUAUUGGGUGCCUUCUGCCUUGGUCUGAUUUAUUUUAAAAUCUGAGCCUUCAGUAAUGGCU